AUGCUGUUAUGCUUGAAAAUCCUUCUCCGGAUUAUCCUUUCGAAUUGUAUUGGCGCAAUUGAUGGAUCUCAUUUUCGAGUGAAAGUGGCAAAAGAAGAUACAAGAAGGUAUCGAGGCCGAAAAGAAUUUCCAACUCAAAAUGUGCUUGCCGUUUUCACCUUUGACUUGAAAUUCACAUAUGUUCUAGCUGGUUGGGAAGGGUCUGCAUCAGAUUUGCGGGUGUUGAACAAUGCAUUAAUACGACAAGAUAAAAUAUUUGUUCCUCAAGAAAAAUAUUAUUUGGUUGAUGGUGGUUUUAUGCUGAAGUCGGGAUUCCUUACACCAUUUAGGAGCACGCGUUAUCACCUCAAGGAAUAUUCAACAAGACAACCUGAAAGUCCUCGUGAAGUGUAUAACCAUCGUCACUCUUCACUACGAAAUGCAAUUGAGCGUGCUUUUGGAGUCUUGAAGAAGCGGUUUCCAAUCUUGGGUAGUGGAACAGAACCUCAUUACCCAACUGAAACACAAAAAGAUAUCAUUUAUGCAUGUACUAUCCUACAUAAUUUUUAAUGGGUGUUGAUCCUGACAAGGGACUUCUUGAACAAGUUGAUUAGGAAGUUUUGAACGAGAUGAUAGAUGUUGAAGAAGCUCCUGUAAAUGAUAACGAAGAGUAUAGACGAAGAGAGAUUCUAAGGCAACAAAUAGCCGAUGAUAUGUGGAGAGAUUAUUAGAAAUAUUUUCAUUCUUCAAAUAAAAAUUAAAUGUGCUUUAUUUGCUCUUGUGUUUUCACUAUA